UCUGAGGAAUUGAGGCAAAGAAACAAAAAGAAAAGGCAUGAAAGGGAACGAGAAUGAUAGAAACUGACUGCACCUACGCGGAGAGAGAGUGAGAGAAAGAGGCAGCGCUUAGUCUUGAACUGGAGAGUGGCCGAAGACGGUGGGAGCACACAGCAAGCGAGCAGUGACGAAGAGAAGGGGAGAGAGACAGAGAGAGAGGAGGGACGGCGGGACCUACGGACACUUGUGCUGCUUCUCUUCCUCAGUCCUGACUCGAGCCCGGAACUCUAACCCAGGCAAAGCAAACUAGCAAAGGCCUCUGCUUCUCCUCCUCCUCUUCCGAGGAAUCUGAUCAUCUGCGGAGCAGAGCAGAUCCUGCUCGUUCGAGAGACGACAAUGUGAGCAGGAGCAGCGGCGGCCGCGGAUAGAGAAUGGCCGGAAACGGCGGUGGGGGAGCAGCGGCGACUAUCAGCGCUGCGGCAGCCACGGGCAUUGGCUCCGUGGAACCGAGGCUGGGUCCUCAGGACACACUGAGUCGCUGGGGUGGCUGCUUUGGUGGACUGUCCUGUUUUGGAUCACGUAAAAGAGGGAAACGGAUUGUUCCAGCAUCCCGUACUCCAGAUGGAAAUGCAUCAACUACUCGUGCAAGUGGGCCUCAAUCUGUUGGAAUUUCUAACGAAAAUACAACACUGAACUUGUCUAUUCUUGCCCCGCCUUCAUCACCAGCAUCUUUCACGAACUCUGCACUCCAGUCAACUGCCCAAUCACCCAACUGUUUCUUGUCAAUAUCAGCCAAUUCUCCUGGAGGACCAUCAUCAGUCAUGUUUGCAACUGGGCCAUAUGCUCAUGAAACUCAAUUGGUGUCACCUCCUGUAUUCUCUACCUUCACAACGGAGCCAUCAACUGCUCCACUAACCCCUCCACCCGAGCUAGCUCACCUUACAACUCCCUCAUCUCCAGAUGUGCCUUUUGCACGGUUUCUAUCUUCAUCUCUGGAUAUUAAAAGUUCUGCAAAAAAGAAUGGUGUGCCUUGUUUGCCAUCGGGUUAUGGGGUUGGCGGUGAUCUCCGGUUGAAUUAUUCGCUUUAUCCUGGAAGUCCUUCAAGCAGCCUUAUAUCACCUGCCUCAGGAACCCCUAGAACUGGGCUAUCUUCACCUUUUCCCGAGCAGGAUAUUUCUACACUGUGGGAUGCUUCUCCAUCUGCACGUGACUCUCCCUGCUCCACGAAUAGAUCAUCCAAGCUGUUUGGACUUGAUUCAGCUACAACUAGAAAUUUCAUUAUGUGUCCUGAUUCCAGCUUCUUUUAUUCUGCAACAUCUGCUCAAUUUCAUUUGGACCAGGCACAGCAAUCAUUUCCUCAUGCCGGAGGGAGGCUUAGUUUUUCCAGGGAAGCUGAUGUUUACUCCAGUGGCGGAAACAGACACAACAAAACUUGCAAACAAGAUGUGGAAGAGAUUGAAGCCUACAGAGCAUCAUUUGGGUUCAGUGCAGAUGAGAUUAUCAUGACACAAAACUAUGUGGAGCUAUCUGAUCCACUCGAUGAGUCCUUCAGCAUGUCUCCAUUUGCAAAUAGUAAAAUCGGAAUGGAAGAGUGCCCCAUUACUGAGUUUGAUGUCAAAGGUAAAAUGCUGUCUAAUUUGCUGGAUCCUAUGAGCCCAAAACGAAUGACAGCUCAGGUUGCAGUCAAAGUUGAUUGCAAAUCUGACCGCAACUACAUGUAUGCAGGUAAUCUUAAUUAUAUUGAAGUUGGCAAUAUAAUGAGAUUGAAGUUGAUUUAUAUGCUGACUAAAAAUUAA